CCGUUAUAGAUUCUCGACUUUUCAACACCUUUCCUUUCAGAGGCAUUUCCUCUCUCUACCCUCCUGGUCUCCUGCCUCGUGUUUUCCCUCUUUCUGUCGCAAAGUAGGUGGUUUGUGGGCCUUCGCGCGCGGAGCCUUCCUUUCCCUGUCUUUCGUGCAAAACUUUUCCUUUCCCCGCAUUCUGCUGGGUUUAAGACCCCCCUGGUAUCUUUGUCUCUUCGCAAACUAAGGCCUCCCGCUGGAUUUCUCUGCCGCCGCGGCAGGUGUCGCAAAGUCGUCGCUGCCUAGGCUUCUUCACACGACCAGAAGAAUCCGUUUUGCUCGACGGCAGAUCUCCCUUGCUUGCAUUUUAUCAGCCUUUGUUUUCCUUUCGUAUUCCAUCUCCUCAUCGAAGGAAAGAUCGGGACCCGGACCUCUGGGGCUCUUCAGCUUGCCGAAGACCAACACCCUUGGGCCGAAGACCAACACCCUUCGUUCCGCGUCCCUGCGUCUCCCGUGUUUUUCUCAACUGCUUCUUCUCUUCUCUUCAUCUCGUUUUUUCCGCCUCUGCCUCGCUGCUGACUUAUUCACCAUGCAGCGGUAGCAGCGCCUUGCACGCUUCUCCAGUUCUCCCUUGUCUCUGUCGCCUCCUUCGUCCCGUUUGUCUCUUUUGUCUCGUCUCUUUCUCAGUUUUUUUGUCUCCUUUUUCGAGACACAGGCCCCCGGCAUUGUAGAGGAGACGACCGGUGGAGCGAGUACCGCCAUCAGACCCCACUGCACUAUUUCUGCCGAAACUUCUUACCGUCGGCCAUCUCCUUGUCUUCUUCGUUGUUCGCUUUGCUGUUUCUGCGCUUUCUGAGAAGGAUGGCGAAGAAGGCGGGACGGCCACCGGCAGGAGGAGGAGCAAAGAGCUCUUUGUCUGCGUCUCCUCGCACAAAGAACACGCGGGAGACUUCCGUCUCCGGUCCUCUCCUUGACCCUGCUGUUUUCCAGUUUCUCGACGAAUCCGGACUGUCCACGGAAGGAGAUCCGAACGUCGUCAUUCUGCCUCCUCGCUGCCCCGCCAGUGCGUCUCCCGCGUCGCCCCAUGAAGAACCGGAAGAGGGCCAGAAGAAAAUGUCCAAGAGAAAGCGACGAAAGCUGGAGCAACUGCAGAGAAAACAUGACACGAAUGCUCGCAGAGAAGAAAUCCUCAAGGAACUGGAGCUCUACCGUCUGGACAGAAACGUGGCUGUUGCUGAAGCCACUGAGAAGACCGAGAAGCGUGAGAACCAGACAAGCGGCCAAGGUCCCUCGGCUCGGUCAGGAGAAAAGCGCAGUGGAGCGUCUCUCCAGACGCCUCUCGAGGCCUUCUGUGCCUCGUACGAGCGUCAAGGCGGCGGAGACUGUGCGCGGGAGACGAAGAAUCCAGCAGCCUUCGCUGCCCUGGAGCCUCUUCGGAAAGGGAAGAGAAGACGCAGAGAGUUUCGCCAGGAGAAGAAGGACGAACGAGAACAGCAAAUCCGAUUGGCGCAGGAACAACAGAUGCAGCAGAUGAGGCAGGAGGCGACGACAGCGAGGCAGGAAGGCGUCGGUGGGAACGCAACGAUGAUGAAGACGCUGAAGCCUCACCAAGAAAGAGGCGUUGAAAGCAAAAGCGUAAAACGCAAGCUUGCAGAGGAGAACUCAACAGCCUCACCUGAGGCUUCUGUCCAACUUCGGAAGUUUGGGGACCACGGCGGUGAGAACAAGGAGACACGUGAGGAUGGAGGUUCUUCUCGUUCGUCUUCUUCCCUCUUUUCUUCCUCGUCUUCCUCCUCCGUUUCUUCCUCUUCUUCUUCUUCCUCUUCUUCUUCCUCUUCUUCCUCUUCUUCUUCCUCUUCUUCUUCCUCUUCUUCCUCUUCUUCUUCCUCCUCUUCUUCCUCCCCUUCUUCCUCCUGUUCUUCCUCCUCUUCUUCCUCCUCUUCUUCCACCUCUUCUGCAUCGACUUCGCUUCCUACUGUGACGUAUUCACCUUUGCUUGCCGCAUCUCAGAUCCGCAGAUCGGAGGAAGUAGAGAAGGUUCGUCUUGCGUUGCCUGCGGCGGAAGUCGAGAGCAAAUUCGUGAGUUUUUCUAACCAACACAGACACACCCGGCGUCGAGACGCGGACGAUAUUGACUCUGAAGACGAAGCUCUGUCUUCUGAGACAGACGUAGAGGCGGCAGAUGAAGCGAGCGCCACGCAGCGAGAGGGAGAUUGCCGAAAGGGAAAGCAGCGCAAGACACUCGAAGACUGGCGACGGAGCUUGGAGCUGAAGGAGAAGAAAAAGCGGCAGCGAGAAAAAGUGAUGAAGACGCGGAGACAUGCAGACGUCGUGUGCGUGUCUGGAGAGACCGGGUCGGGGAAAAGCACGCAAAUCCCCCAAUUCCUGUUCGAGGCAGGAAUCUGCUACCCCACUCUGCAGUUUCCUGUCCCCUCUUCUUUAACAGCCACAGGGCUUUCUGCGUCUUCGGGAGUUGUGUCUUUGCGUCUGAAGAUCGGCGUCACGCAGCCCCGGCGAGUGGCCGCGGUGAUGGUGGCGAGACGCGUCGCUCAGGAGCUCGGAAAUGACCAGCUCGUUGGGUACCACAUUCGCCACAAGAGCGAGAACCUCGGCCUCGAGUGCCGCAUCAAAUUCAUGACGGACGGCGUCUUGCUCAGAGAAAUCCAGCGCGACUUCCUCUGCUCGGAGUACGCAUGCAUCAUCAUCGACGAGGCCCACGAACGUUCUGUCAACACCGAUCUUCUUGUCGGCCUUCUCUCUCGAGCUGUGAAGCUGCGGCGCAGCAAAUUUGAGGCCGGCGAGGUGAUGCUUCCUCCGCUCAAACUCGUGAUCAUGUCCGCCUCACUGCGAGCGAAAGACUUCACUGAGAAUCCCCUGCUGUUCUGCCCGCCGCCCGCGCUUCUCUCUAUUCCAGCCAAGCAGUUCCGAGUUACCUCCUUCUUCUCGAAGUCCACGCCGGAGAACUACCUGGACGCAGCUGUCAAGAAAUGCAUCCAGGCUCACUGCAAACUUCCGCCGGGUUCGAUUCUUCUCUUCGUGACAGGUCGCGAAGAAGUCGAGGAAGUUGUUGAAGCCUUGUCUCGGUGGAACAGGCGACGCGCGGAGCGAGCGCGGAGACUCAAGGGGUCUCUGAGUGGAGACACCGGGGACACUGGAGACAGUGGAGGCAAGGGUCAGAGCGAAGGCGAUGUUGACGGAGAAGAAGAGAACGAGAAGGCGUUCGAGCUUUCGGAAGAAGAGAGCGGACCGUGGGAGAGUCAGACUGCAUGCGACGAAGACAGCGGAGACGACGACCCGGAGGCUCUGACCUCAAAAGCCAAUGAGAACCGUGCGGAGAACAGCUCGAGAAGACGCACUCCACGAAAUUCGUCCACUUGGCAAAUGGUCGACAGUGAAUCGGAAGCCGAGAACGCGAGCGACGGGAAGGAAGAACAAGGAGACAGUGCACUUGGAUCUUCGCCUGCCGCUUCGUCUGUAUCUUCUUCCUCUUCUUCGGUGCCCACGAAUAGCGAGCAUCUGCCGAUGGAGAAGCCGCUGAGUCGCCGAGAGCGACGCGGCGAAGGUGUCACUGUCUGGAGGGGCGCAGGGGGAGCGGGGAUGAAGAAGGAAACCAGUGCGAAUGCGAGUCCGGCAGACCAGGAGCCGUUGUAUCCUCAGUUGACGCCAAUUCCUCUCUACGCGGCCCUCCCCCCGAAGGAGCAGUUGAGGGCCUUCCGUCUUCCCGAAGAUCACGAGCGACUUGUCAUCGUUGCCACAAAUGUGGCCGAAACUUCUGUGACUCUGCCAAAUGUGCGAUACGUGAUCGACACAGGUCGCGAAAAGCGACGAGUGUUCGCCUCUGAAGGCGGCGCCUCUGAGGCUUCGUGCGCCUCUCGGUUUCAGAUUUCCUUCAUCACCCAAGCGUCAGCCCUCCAGAGGGCAGGACGCGCAGGCCGUGUGGGCGCCGGGUUCUGCUAUCGGCUCUAUUCGUCCAGUGUCUACGAGCACAUUUUCCAGCCGUCCAGCCUCCCCGCAAUCACUACGACCCCUCUCGACUCUCUUCUUCUGUACAUGGCCAAUCUCGGAAUUUCACGCCUCUCGUCGUUUCCGUUUCCUUCUCCACCUCCGGCGCGUGCACUCGCUGGUGCGCGAGAGCGGCUGGUGGCGCUGGGGGCUUUGGAGCCCAAGGCACUUCCUGCAAGCCUGUCUCGCUGGAAAAGGGGAAAUCUCGCCACUGGCGGGGCCCCGCAUGCAUUCGGAGAAAAGACGUCCUCGGGCGAAGACGGCGAAGAAUACAAGUGCACGAGGCUCGGCGCGAAACUCGCGGACUUGCCGAUCCCGCCGCGCUACGCAAAAAUGCUGCUUUUUGCUUUGCUCAAAUCUCGCCACUUGGGGCCCGAUUGCCUCGCGCUCUGCUGUCUCCUCGUCGGCGCCCUGUCGGUGGGAGAGUUAGUGGCGCCGAACUCUCGGUUCUCCAGGACACAGCGAGAAGGCGAGAAGCGGUUGCAAGGACGAGACGCCCAGGACCCCACAAGUGGCUCCGCUGGCCUCGAAGGAGACAGCGACGAAGACGAAGAAGACGACGAAGUAGUCGAGGGUGCAGAAAGCGCGAAGCAACAGGUCGAGCCUUCAAAAGAGCAGGAGAACGGAUACCCGUGGCAGGAGUACAGUAACGACAUCGACGCAUAUCUGUGGAUGUGCGGCGCGUACUGCCACGCAGUACACCGCGGCAGGUUUUGCCGGCGCUUCGGCUUAAAUACGAAGAAGAUGAAGGACGUGUAUUUGCUUGGGAACCAGUUGGCGGGCAUCCUGCUGCCUCUGUACAUGCGCCAGGCGAAGUCUGCAGAGGCGGGAGCGACAAAAAGAAAAGAGAGGGCGGCGCACACUCUCGAAAUUCCGCUGAAACCCCAGCCGCCUUCAGACCGGAUCCGACUUGGGCUGCAUGCAUGCGUCCUCGAGGGCCUUGUCGACCACGUCGCUGUGUGGGUAGACCCUUCAGCGCGCGGGGAUCUCACUGGGGGUCGAGGCCAGGCGCCUUUGAGAAGCGAAGGAGGCUACCAAACCGCGGAACUAAAGGUGACUGAAGACGGAAAUCAACUCGCCUUCAUCCAUCCAACGUCCACCCUUGCCAAGCACCGACCGCGGCCAAAGCUGGUUGUUUACAAUUUCAUUCUUACCACUUCUAGGCCGUUUCUGCGUGAUUGCAUGGCCAUUGACAGCGAGGCUCUCAGUCUCUGCUCGUCGCCGCUGGUGCGCGCUGGCAACUUCCUCGAGAUCCCCGCGCCCGUCUACGAUCCGGACCGAGAUGCCGUGGUCGGUUGGCAGAGACCCGUGUACAGCCCCUUGAGUCUCCCGCUGCCCGCUGUUGAGACGGAGCUCCCGGAGUCGCAUGAAGUUUUUUAUCCCACAAUUGCAUGCGCCUUUUUGGAAGGCAAGUUGUUCCCCAAGUUAUCGGCCUUUGCCUCGAACCUCGUCAUGGCGCCGCAAAUGACCCUUUCUGGUUCCAAGACUUCUUGCCACGCGCUUCGCGAGUUCCUUCGUCUCCUCCAAACCCACAAAAUGACAAGCAGGAAAGCAUUCCUGCAAAUGUGGCAAGAGAAAAACGGCUUUCUGCUACCGGAGUACAUCAAACUACAGCGCUUCGCCGAUUACAAGAAAAUCCGCGAACUCAGUGACUUGUGGCCUCCUCUUUGAAAAACCAGCAGCACUCCGCCCAGACACACGUAACUUGUGGUUCUCGUCUCUGUUCGGUCUACUGUUUACACACAUUAGUGCAUGCACAUGUAUACACAAAGACGCGUGCACAAGUGUGUGUACUCUGCAAAUAGAACAAUUUACAUGUGGAACUGCAUCUGCGCCACUGUUUAAGUCGGCAAGUCGCAUGUGAAAGUCCAGUUUCCGUGCACGUAGAAGCGCCUUUGUUUGCGAAGGACUCUUUGUUCCACAUCAAAACCUGCCGAUUUCUUUCGCCGUCUUAUUCGGGAUAGAUUCCGAUAGCUGCCACAGCAUUCGGUGCCCAUAUACGUACGGCUUUCAUCAGAGGGUGAGUUCCACCGUAGCACCUUUUCAUCGGAGUAGAGAAGGGCGACAGACUGCCUCCCCUUUUGCCCAGUGCCUCCGCUUCCGUCGGAGUUGUGGACACAAGGUCGAGC